AUGCCAUUAGAUCAAUGUAGGCAGCAUCUGAUUCCAUCUACUGGGUGCUUUGUGCUUCUCUGUGAGGCAGAGGUGGAGGAGACACUGGAGAGACUUCACAGCCAAAAGGGUCUGCAGGGAAUCAUCGUGGUGAACACAGAAGGCAUUCCCAUCAAGAGCACCACGGACAAUCCCACCACCACACAGUAUGCCAACCUCAUGCACAACUUCCUCUUGCAGGCCUGGAGCACCAUGCACAAAAUUAGCCCCCAGAAUGACCUCCUCUUCCUUCAAAUUCACUCCAAGAAAAAUGAAAUUAUAGUUGCAACAGAUAAAGACUAUUUCCUGAUUGUGAUUCAGAAUCCAACUGAAUAAGCCACUCUCUUGGCUCCCCAC